UUGAAGAUUUAUGUGUGUGUUUUGUGCCUGGGUCAUGUUUUACGCACCGGAGACUUCAAGAGUCCUUCGACAUAUUUCUGGGUAGAGGUCAGCCCAAAUAUAGGAGUACUGCGUGUGUGCCUACGUAAAUAAAUUCCAGCAAACCUGGCGAUAUAUUUGGCAAGGUUGAGUUCUACCGGGAGUCUGGAGCGCGUAGUGCGCAUCAGGGCAAACUGGGUGCCAAAUGUGGAGACUCCCUUGUCUCGAGGAGGCCGUAGUUAACGCGAGAAGGGGCGGGAGGAGGGAUGGCCAACAACCCGGAAGUAGAGGCUAUGUCAUCCGAAGGACUUGUAAGCAGCUGGGAAAUUGCAAGAUGAGCUUUGACAAGGAAGAACUAAAGAAGAGGCUGACGCCAAUCCAGUAUGAGGUCACCCAGGAGAAGGGCACAGAGAGACCUUUUACAGGGGAGUUGAAUGAUGAGACAAGGCCAGGACUGUACAAGUGUGUGGUAUGUGGAGCUGAACUCUUCAAGUCAGAGACAAAGUUUGAUGCAGGAUGUGGCUGGCCAUCCUUCUAUGAUCAGACUGAUGAGGGAGCGGUGACGAUGACUGAGGAUAGCUCCUUAGGCAUGAUCAGGACAGAGACAACCUGUUCAAAGUGUGGAGCCCAUCUCGGCCAUGUGUUUGACGAUGGUCCCAAGCCCACCGGCCAGCGCUUCUGUAUCAACUCUGCAUCGCUCAAGUUCGACCCCAAGAAAUCUGCCAAGAAGGAAGAACCCAAGUCAGAGCUGUGAGGAGAGAUGUUUGUGUGGGGAGGGGGGCAGUCAUCACAUAUUGGACUAAACAGGGCUCUACAUGUGUACCAAAGUGUACCAGAUCAUGACGGCCUUUUAAAUGAAUCAAAUAUUUCCUGAAUGAUUGGUCCAUUACUAAAUUGAUUUUGGUUGAUGAUUAUGAACAAUCAAUCCAACAUGGAUGGCCAUUGACUGACAACACUGAGGAAAGGAAUUCAUGAACUGUUGAGUUGGGCUAUAAUGAAAGCAAAGAUUUAGCUAGCUCAGAACUGUGUCCAAAACUCUUGAGACACUGUCAAAAUGAAGAUGCAGCAAUUUUGUAGAUAUUUGGAAUGAUUUUAAACUUUCUUAACCAAACUAAAGGGUCCCUUCGGAUGGAAUGAGUCUCGAUUUGAUUUUAAAUGUGACCAAGCAAAAUUCAACAUUUUGACCUUAACCUUUCUCCCAGCUUCCUAACCCCAUAAAGGUUAAAGUUCACAUACAACAAAUUGUUUGAAGUGGAGAUGCCAUGUAACAAACAGAAGAUAGGUAGUGUGAUAAGCUUGGACACAAAUUUUGUACAAGACGAUUUUCCAGCAAACGGCUGAUAGGCAAAUAAUGAGGUUGUAAUGCACCAAUAAUGUUGGAAUUCAUAUGAUUUGAAAGAUUUGUACUUUGAAGUACAUGUGUAUCUUUAAGGUGAUCAGACUCAUAAAUGUAGGUGACACCCACCCCUACCCCCAGGGCAUGCUGCACUCUGUGUAUUGUCGUUAAAAAUCUGUGUACAAUCAUGCAGAAAAGUAUGCAGAACACAAAGGAUAUUCUUGUGCUUCCAUAGGUGACAGACAACAUGAUUGUACUACUGUAUAGACUGCAGUGCACAGAGUGCAGGGCUCAAGAAUUCGUCCGGAAGUUUUUAUUUCUUCCACUACGAAACCCUAGCCUGGGCACCAACAUUUUUUAUCUUUGCUUUCUCUGUCGCUUCCAUUUUUGGCUCCAAAAGUGACAGCUCCAGAGAAAGGAAAGGUAAAAAGGCUGGCACACAGGCUAGCAGAGCCCUGGUGCAAAGUACCCUUUCCUUUCACCUUGCGCAACACUGCCUUACUUCAAUGUUUAGUCCUUUUACAAGCCAUAUUGAAACGUAUCAAUGCUUACAGGUGUAGGUUCUGAUGAAGUUUGCUCUAUACGUAGCCUGUUUAAGUAUGCUCUUUGGAAACCAAAUUAUUCCAAGAAAUGUGUGGACAAAAUUUUUUUAUCAAUUGCUGAUUCUUUUUACAUUCCUACAACAAGGAGCACUAGCAAAUAGGAAGUGUGAAGAUGAAAACUAUUGGUUACAUAUGGGAUAGAAUGGCACACAAUGAAGACUUUAUCAUUAUUGAUAUGUCAGUCUGGAUACUGUCCUCAUAGUUUACUCUUGUUCCCACUAACUAGACUUCGAGUGUGUCUAUGGGAGCAAGCGUAGACUGUGACAAUGAUAGCCAGGCUAUCUAACACUUUGUUCUAUGAAAUGUAUCAUAUACUCAGCAUUAUUUUAGAUUUUACAUGAGGACAUGUACUUAUGGAUAUUUUAAUGUGUUGGAUGACAAUCCAAAUGAACAUUUGGAGUGUUAGGCGUAAAAGUUCUAGAAUACCUAUUGAUAUGCACUGUAGAUUUUAUUAUGAAUUUGAAAAUGCAAGAAUAGAUUUAUCAGUAUACAAAAACAUAUAUGUUGAUAUUUGUGGUUCAGGUUGCCUGCACUAGAAUUGCCAUGAGGUAUUGUUGCCAAGAGAGAUACAAUGUUUUGAAGGUUUUGCAGAUCAAAUAGAAAAGAUCCUUGAAAAAUGGUAGGCAAAGGAAGGAAGUAAGGUCAUAUUUUUGCUGUGAGUUAUAUGGCAUCAUGGCAAUAAAAUAUUUCUAUGUUUGAA